AGCAGAAGUAAAUCUCAUAAACAUCAGCCGGUGGUCUGCGCUUUUACGACUUUUCCACGCUCUUUUGCCCUCUUACGAUCAUAUCUUUAGCUUGUUGAUAUAUUCGUUAAAAUCUUGUUUGUGGCCGUCGCUCACUCAACGAAUUCUCGUAGUUUGAAUUAACUAAUUUGUCUCUCGCUGUUUUAUUCCUUGGGCAGUAUUAGAAACUUAUUGACCCAGUUAAUUCGACUGUAGUUUUAACGAAGUAAAUCAUAAUUCUUUCCCCCUUAGAUUUUAGUUUAGAUAGAAUCAAAGGUAUGAAGCUAUUGAAUUAUUAAUCUUCUGAAAGAUUGAUCAUUCGUCAUUCUUUUCAAAUAUUUCCUUUAGGUAAAAUUUACAGUUGUCAUUGAUUGAACGAUCUAAAGCAAUGCGCGACAGGUGAGCUUUUAAAGAAAUGACUGCAGGAGUUUAUGAAAGUUCUUACAGAGACAUUAAACGAGUAGUUACGUUGACAGAAUAAAAUAAAGAGGAUAUCCUUAUUCAAAUCACUCCGAAUAUAAUUUGAAUGCUAAGAACUGUAGGAGUAAUUUCAAUCAUCGUAUUUAAUGAUGAUAAUUGGAUUUUCUUUUUAUUCAAUUGCUUUCGAUGAUGAAACGGAACCAAAUAAUUAUUAAACAGUUUAGGAAUUUUAUCUUUAAUGCUAUUAGACACUCUCUUCACAUUAACUACAGUAUGUUAGUUAAAUUAUACUUACAAAUAAUAUAUCUUUCGUUAUCUAACCAUAAUUAUUAGCGACGUUCUUUUCUAUAUUUUUCUCGGCCAAUUUUGUAAAUUUAAAUUGAUUGCUUUUACGUGGAAAACGGGGUUUUUACAGUUUAUUUAAUUUAGUUAACAGGUUGCGAUUACCGAUUACAAAUGGACUCGAUGAACAACGAAACGACUAAUAACAAUGUGAAAUUGUUGGGGAUCCAUCACACACCGGAAAUUAUCACGCCGUCAUUAGCGUCUUUGGAUGAACUUCCUCCGACACCCCCUCCCAUUGCAACAUCUAUGACUGGUUCUAAGAGUAGUCUACCACAUCCCAUCUCAUCCAUAGAUAAUUCAAGUUCCGACGAAGCUGCUGAACCAGAACGAAGCGCUUCUCAAAAAUCGAACAGAAGCAAGAAAGAAAGAUCGAAGGAGAAGACCGGUACAAUUCGUGUAUUAAGCGGUUUAUACGCUCGAAUAUUAAUCGUAACAGCUGGAAUCAUAGUAAUUACAGAGAUUCUGGACAAUCCUAUUCCUCUUCUCUAUUAUAAUGGAUUUCUUUUUUCCUACCUUAUCGGUGGAAGUGUAGUAUGCUUUUUGACGACUUAUAUUUGUGUAGCAUUUUCUAAAUGUCCCACUCUGAAUGAUGAUAUCGAAUCUGGAGAUUUAAAGAAGAAAUCUGGAGUAUUAUUAAAAGAUAUCAGUAUUUAUCUCCGAGUUGGAAUAUUAGUGCUGGGACUCGGAAUGUUAACAUGGAUAGGAUUAGAAAUAGGAACUUAUUUUACACCAGUAGAAGAGUUAUGCUUGGACGAGCUAAAUUUGGCACAGCCGAUUUUAUUAGGAAUAUUUACAUUUCUACAAAUGCAUUUUCUUUUCAUGAAUAUUCCGAGAGUUCUCAAAUCUCUUGGUUGGUUCCGAAAUAUCGGCCUAAUGCAUCUGCAAGCUGCUAAUCUGGCUGUUUGGAUUCGCUUAUUUUUAUGGGAAACGGCUAAAGAAUGGUUAGAACACAGCCACGUGGUUCAAAAUGCUACAAAUCCAAAAAUUCCUGAAGACUUCAAUGCGACUAUUCACGUUAUGAAUUCUAAUAUGCAACACAAAGUAUAUGUGUCGAAGAAAUGCUGGUGGGAUCCUCAAGAAGACGAGAAAAUCGAACAAGUCCUUUACUAUAGAUAUUGUCUUCAGAGUUCUACAAUUGGUUCCAUAUGGGAAAAAGCCAUGCCUUACAUUUUCCCAUUUGUUCUUCAAUUCAGUUUAGUUUGCAGUGCCGUUAUGUUUCAUCUCUGGCAAUCGUCUACUUUUGUCGUUCAUUAUAACAUUAACAGCACCCCUAGAAGUAUAAGCCCAGAUUCAGAAGUAGUCAACAAACAAAACUGCACUGGUCGAAAAGUAGAUUGUAGAGGAUCGAGUAAAGGAUUAUUUUUAGGACUUUUAGUGACCGUAGUUGGACUAAUAGUUCUUAUCCUAUUUUUUGUUCUGACCAACAAUCAGAAAUUGCAUCUAGAUACGUUAUUUGUUGUGUCUUCUGUUCAUUGCGGAGUUAUGGGCCUUUCCGUUUUAGCUGUAUUCUUAGGAUUAUGCCAGAUAAGAAGAAUGUGUCCGCGUUCUAUACCAGAACCGGAUCUUCAUUCGGCAAUUCAAUCAUGGGGAACGACAGCUGUCUUUUUAUUUGGAGCGUGUGGGAUGAUCGUGGGCAGUAAUCAUCUUCACAAUACGAAAUAUUUAGUAGUAUUUGUCGAUGGAGCUGUUAUGAUAUUUCAUUGUUGCAUUCAAGCUCUCUUUAUGCAUAUCUUAAAUAAGAAAUGCUGCAGACCAGGUUGUCCUCACGAGAAAUCGAAACCGGGACGACAGACCGUAACUUUCCUGAUUUUCAGCAACUUGGUGCUGUGGCUGAUGGAAUCAUUUACUGCUCAGAAUCCAGUAGCUGGUCAGUUACAACUUGGUUUUUAUGGAACAAUACCAUGGGGAAUUAUGUCACGUGGAAUUCUUCCUAUCGUUAUGUGUUACAGGUUUAUGUGUUCUGCGACUAUGAUGGACACAUGGAGGAAUUCUUACGCUUCUAGUAGAUAAAGAAAGAUGUACUGACGUCGGAGACUUCUCCACAAUAAGCAGUCACAUGAUUUGGGAAUAUUUCUCGAACUGAUCUUUGGAAAAAGGCAGCAUUUUUAUACGAAUGAUGUAACUGUGAACAACGCAGUUUUCCAAAUCCAUUAUUUGGGAUAUCACGAAAUGCUAAGAAAAACUAAAGGUUUUCUUAAGCGAAACCCACAAGACUUUAAGAUGUUUAUAUUUUAGCUACAUAAAAAUAUUUAGUAUAUGAUACAUAUUUCAAAACACCAAGUUGAUAUCACUGCCUUUCAUUUUUGACAAAUUGAUGUUUUAAGUGUUUUCUGUUUAUAAAUUAAAACUAAUAUAAAUAUAAAUACUGUUCGCGAAUUUCAAUGAUUAAAAACAAAAAACAAAAAAAAGUAGAAAAAUGCUUUCAGAAUGAUUCUUUAUCGGAUCUAGAUUUUGUACAUAAAUAUUUUUAUCCUUGCUAUUGUAUUGUAAAAAUACAAGAGUUUGUUUGUGUUUGUGAAGUAUAUCAUUAUUUACUUAUAUACAUAUAAAAU